CUCCACCCGAUGCUACACCACCAAAAGCGGUUAAGACGUUAUAACGAAAUCGUUAUUUGGACGUUCCUACUGCUUACCCAUAUAUAAAAAGGAUUCCAAAAAAAAAAAAAGAAAAAGAAACCGGGAUUCUUCUUCCUUGGUGUUUUUAUUUAUUUAUGUCUGUUUCAUCUGAUACAUCGGGAUCAGUCCCUGGUUCACCAAUUGAAUUAGAACCCGAGCCAGAAACGAUUUGUCGUUGGCAAGGAUGCGAUCAAGACUUAUAUACGCUUGACAAUUUAGUCCAUCAUAUUCACAAUGGUCAUAUUGGGAAUCGUCGACCAAAAUAUACUUGUGAAUGGGAUGAUUGUCCUAGAAAAGGACUAGUGCAGACAUCAAGGUUCGCGUUGAUAGCUCACUUACGAUCGCAUACGGGAGAAAAGCCAUUUAUUUGCUCCAUUCCCGAGUGUGAUCGUUCUUUUACGCGAUCGGAUGCUUUAGCAAAGCAUAUGCGAACUGUUCAUGAAGCUGAUACACUGCGUCCAUCGGAUCCAAUACCAAAAGCGCACCCCAUGCAUCCUCAAAAUGUUGCCAAUGCCAUGGUACAAAGUGCAAGAGAGGCUAGAGCACAGCAGCAGCAACAACAAGGUACAGGGAUCCCAAACGAAUAUAUGGAAAACUGGUUGGAUGCCGCUACUAUGCCAAAGAGUCCACAUGAUAUGUAUCACUUACAAAAGCUCAAACUCCAGUGGGUGAAGGAGGAACGUUUAAUGUUGAUGAAGCAUUUAGAGAAUCUAAAUAUUAAGUCAGAACAAGCUCGCAAUGAAAAAGAAAAGGCGCUUGAUAAACUAGUACAAUACGUGGAUCCUUCUAUCCGCAGGUAAUAGAAAUUGUGCUGUAGAAAGAAGAAAGAAGAAAAAAAAAAGAAAAAGAAAAAGAACGAAAAGGGACAGGACAAACCGAAAGUUGCUGGUUCCUUUGAAUUAAUAGAAAUCGUUAGACAUCUUUUGCACGAGCGAUACAUCUACUGAACUGUCCGUAUGUUUUUUUCUUCUUCUUUUUGAACAAUUUCUAAUAAAGGUCCUGGCUCCCUAUCACACUUGAUGAAGAACAUGCCAGUUCUCCAGGAAGGGAUUUCAUAUUCAUGUAUAG